CCUUACUACGGUCACAUGACUGCGUCACCUGACCUGUACUCGGCCGAUGGUCGCAUGAUGAUGUCGCCCGAUGUCUAUAAUCCACCCAGCGGCUACCUGUGCAGAUCGUCCAAUGAGCAGCACCUGGGUAACAGCUACCUGUCCAGAUCGUCCAAUGAGCAGCACCUGGGUAACAGCUACCUGCCCAGCGUCUCCUACAGCUUAGAUCACCUGGACAGACUGGACUACCAGGGUCCAGAAAUGUUGCCGUACCAGCCGAACUCAGAGAGCUGUCUGAUUGGCUGCUACAGCACAGAGGAGAUGGAGCCAAAUCAUUUCCCCCGACAGUCCGACUAUCAGCCUCCGUGGCGGUCCGAUCGUCUCCUCGGAUACCUUCCGCUCAGCGAGCUGGACAGCGGCCUGGGCUGCGGCCCGGACAGCCCGCACCACCGGACGGUCCUGUCGGAGGCGGAGACGGACGCCAUGUCCUCGCUGCCAGGCCACACCCCCUCCUCCCCGGGCUCCUCCUCCUCCUCCGAGUCGCUGCUGUCCUCCGAGCCCAGCGAUUCCGGCUUCCACAGCGUCAGCACCGGCGAACACCGGCGGCUGCACAAGAUCCACGGAAGCCACGCCCACAGACAGACUCACCAUCUCCGCUCAGGCCACUCCCCCCGGGAGCAGAGAGGACGCUGGGACUUGGAGUCCAUCCCUGAGACGACUCCGAUGGCUCACUCUGGAGUGCCGCAGGCGUCCCGCUGCACUGUGGGAAACAGCACAACCACAACGGUUCACUUCCACCGAGCGGAGAGGAGUCCCACCUUACCUCGCCACCGCUCGCCGCCGUCGCCAUCCGCUGGUUGCCGUACGGAGCCGUGCCAGCGGAGGGCGCUGUGGCUGGAGGGCGGCGGCCGGCGGCCUGAGGCACCAGGGCGGAGUCGAACGGUCACAGACUUGAGCGACGGCCGGCGGCCCCGCCGGGCCAGCCACCCCGUCACAGCAGACCCAGACCUUGGAACCAGCCAGCCGGGGACGGCGAGCACCACGCUGGGGCAGCGGAGCCGGGCCAGUUACCCUAGCAACUGUCACCCCAGCAACCAAAAGUUGCUCAGCAUCGACAGAACCGGCCUGACCAAUCAGAGCUCUCGGAGCCAUGAGGACUCGCUCUCUAAGAGUCCUGGGUCGUCCAGCGGGGCUUCAGACUGGCGAGGCUUCUCCACCCUCGGGAACCGCCCCGGCGCCCCCGCAGGCCCCCCGGUGCCGUGCUACAGCACGCUGGGGACCCCGCGGCCCCCUCCCCGUUCCCCCCCCUCCCCCCGCUCCAGGCUGGCCAAUCAGAAGUCGGUCAGGAACCAGCUGCUGCGGGCGCGGGCGUGCCGCCUGGCCCGGGAGCGCAGCGAGGUCACGACGGACGAGGAGGUGCGGGGGGGCAACGGGGGGGCCGGCGAGGAUGACGGGCGCUGGGGGGGGCGGUACUGGAGCCGCACGGAGAGGAGGCGCCAUCUGGCGUUGUCAAGGCAACACCGGGAGAGGAGGGGCGGGGGGGAGGAGGCGGGCGGCGGGCUGCAGGCCGUGUUGGAGCUGAGUCACAUGAAGCAGAAUAGACUCAGGAACAGCAAGCUGCUCGAUGAUUGGACGACGGUCGAGGAACUGCUGACUCAUGGGACGCGGGUGGAGAGCGACAGCCAGCUCUGCCCCAGCCCUCUGCUAUCGGUUACUACUGUCUGACUCUGCUAUCGUUUACUACUGUCUGACUCUGCUAUCGGUUACUACU